AUGAUUUCAAAAAAUGGAAUACGUACAAAUGCAACACAAAGGAAAAUAAUUGAACACAACAAAAGUUUUGACGACAAAUGGAAGAGUAUAAUUAGAAAGGAUUAUAUAAAAAGAAUUGCUAACAUAUUUGAAAAGGGAAACAAAAAUGGAAGAGAGCUAAAAAACGGAGUUCACAACUGCUGCUACUUUGUUCUAGGUGCAGAAGGGGUGGGGAAGAGAUUCUUUAUCAACAAAUCGAAGGAGAAAUUUUUGCGUGGUCAGAUGGAGAGCUUGUCACUGAAGGAAAAAACAAAUAACAGGAGGAGCAGCAGUAGUAGUGGUAGUAGUGGUAGUAGUAGUGGUAGUAGUAGUGGUAGUAGUGGUAGUAGUAGUGGUAGUAGUAGUGGUAGUAGUGGUAGUAGUAGUGGUAGCCGUAGCAUCGGUGCAAUAAAAAAGAAGUGCAUAUUUUUUGAGUACGACUUCCAGGCAUUCAACGAGUGCAAGGACGCAGUAUCGUUUCCCCUGAAACUGCACUACAUAGAAAAUUAUUUAAGGCAUAAAUUAUUAAAAGAGGUCAACAAUGAUAUUACCUUUAAAAAUGUUGAGCUGAAGGAUAUAUAUGAAGAACUUGUAGUUUAUAAAAAUAAGGGUUUGUUAUAUUCAAAAAUUUCGCGAUUUUUUGUACACAUUUUAAAGAAUCCUCGAAUGUAUGAUUUUUUCAAUGAUCAUGAUAGGAGAGUAAUAGAAUCUUUUCUUCCCUAUUUGGAAAUAAAACAAUUUGACUAUAAACAGUUUGAUACAUUUUUAAAAAUAUUAUUACAAAAAUUAAAUGUAACAUGUUUUUGUAAUUACCUAAAUGAGUUUAGUGCAUUUUUAUAUUUUUUUAAAAUGAUGGCUGAUUAUGAAGAAAGAGAAUAUUAUAUAAAAAAUUCAAAUAAUAUUCUUGUGGACAACUAUUCAGAUGGGUUGUAUAUAUAUAGCUAUUUCUUAUCCAUUAUAAAAUUGUUGGAAGUGAAAUAUUCAUACAAUUUUUAUUUUAUCUUUUUCAAUUUCAAUUUGUUCUUAGUAAGUAACCAACCAGUGAGAAAUUUCCAUUUCUUUGUAAAUUUUUUAAUUGAAAAUAUGUACACAUAUAAUAUACCUGUAAUUAUUCAUUCGGUAAAAAAUCUUGAAAUGAUGAAAGCUAUUUUUAUUUAUAAUAAUUUGCUGUUAAAGUGUUUACUCAAUGGUGAGGAUAACCCUACCCCAUCUAUGUCAAAAUCGGUUUUGUCUUCUUCCAACCCGAGAGUUAGAACACCCAAAGAAAGAAGACAAAUACCUGGUUUCCUCCAAAACAGUAAUAAUAGUGGACCAAACUGUUCGGAUGGGUAUUCACCCAAAUUGGUUAAUGAAAUGAUGUCGAAACUGCAUGAAGGAGAGCGUUACCAAGGUAUGAGUAAUACAACCAUCAAGCAUAGCUGUACUGAUGACAGAAUUUAUAAUGAAAAAGAAGUAUGCGCAAAAGUUAUGGGGGAAAAAAGAUGUAAUAACAAAGUACAACAUGGAACAAGUAAGGAGUAUAUAGAAAAUUUACAAAAUGGAGAAGAAGUAAGUAGUAAUAAUAGCAAUCGUAUAAACUACUCCCAGUACCAAUAUCUUUAUAACGGUUUAUCGAAGGAAGAACUGGAAAAUUAUGUACUGAUAAAGAAUAACCUAAUAGAAAUAGACGAAAUGCCAUAUGAUAUGGUUAACUGUCUUCUGAUGCCAAGUUUUGUAAUAAAUGAAGAUAUAAGUAAAUGUAUAUAUACCAUGAUCGGUGGUAAUGUACAUUUAAUUAAAAUAAUUUGCAAAGGAUUAGACAAAAUAAAUAAUGAACUUAAUAACGAUGUAAAAUUGAUAGAAGAAAUCGAAGAGGAGAAAAAACAAAACAUUAUUUACGACAUGGAUGAGGAGCAGGAAUUUAAUAGAUACAAUUCCAUAGAAGAAAUAAUGAAACAUAAAAAAGUGGAGCACCAAAAAAUAUUUUUAAAAAAUAUCCAUCAGAACGUUUUACAUACAUUUAUAUUAGAUUUUGAGCAAAGGAUUAUUAACUUUUUUAGCUUACCCAAUAUUGAGAAAAUGAAGAGAGACUAUCCUGAGGGUGCUAAAGGUGAAAACAAAGGUGUCCAAUGGAAUGAUGAUGGUGGUCCUAAAGUCAAUCAAGACGAACGAAGUCCAAAUGAUUGUGGAAAAGCGCAAGGGAACACAAAGACAGGGCUAACCCUCGUGCAGUUCUAUUUCACCAUUUUUGAAGUGAUUCGACAUUUUAUAAAGAAGAAAAAAGUGUUUUGUAAAAAUAUUAUAAAUCUGAACAAUCCUGUCCUUCUAGGUCUUAUAGAUGUUAAUAUAAUACAUUACAAUUAUGAAAAUAAAUACCUAGAAUUAACUAAUCACUUCUAUGAAAUCUUAUUAUUAAAUUAUAUCGAUUUUAAAUAUAAACAGUUGCCCUUAAAAUUUAGAGUGCAGUAUAAUGUUAACUAUUUUCUAAAUUAUAAAAUUAUACAGCAUGAAUACAACCUAAUAGAAUCGCAUAUGUGA